AAGGGCCAGUUCCAUUUUGGUUACUCGCCCGCAACGCACACAAAACCUAAAACAAAUAAAUAAAAUUAAAAAAAAAUCCCCAAGAAAUACGAGUAUUAGGAACAACAUUAGGCCAUAUAAUUAACGCAAUCGGAAAGAGUAUAUACUUGUAUGUGACUUAACCUCCGAAAUAGUCUUGACACUUAUCUGCGAACUUUUCGUCGCAUACCGAGAUACACGAGUAUAUUUAUCACUGGACGCGAGCGGAACUCUUAUCAAAUCAACGGUCGGCUAUAUACGCGAUCCGCAAUAACGAAGUGGGCAAACAAAAUCCAAUAUAAUGCCCAUAUACCCCAGUUAUAUAUUGUGCAAAAAAGUAAACAAUACCGAAUAUAACUUGGCUAAAACAAACCUGUCGCCUCUCCAGUCACAUUCGCAGUCGGAGUCAGCUGCUCCUAUCGUUAAGUUAACCUGAAGAUCGUUGGCACUGAAAGCCCUUAGCCGCGUGAUCUUAAUCAGUUUUGUGUCGAGUAAAUAGCCGUGAUUUGUUUCAAUUUCUGCGUCAUGCAUUCGGGUUUGUUUUCGGUGUCGUCGGCUUGGGUUUUCUGAGGAUGGAGUGAGGUGAUCGGUGGUGCGGGGGCAAUGGCAAUUAGCGGGUUGGAUCGUGUGGCAAACACCUCAGAAACAUAUUCCCCGAAAGUGAUUGAUAAUCGUUGUACAUAACUGCAAACAGAAAUAACGAGCCAAACGAAAAAAUUAAAUUUGUGUGCUUAAAGCGCUACUUGCGCCCUUACAUCUGCAUCAUGGAGCUGCCAUUCAACCGACCUGGAAGUGGGAAUCUACUGCUGGGACUCACCUCCGUGGUGGGUCUUAUUGGAGGCGCCUACCUGCUGCAGUGCGGCGCCCAGCAGCUCUUGGGCAAACUAGCCAAUAAGAAGUGGAAGAAGGAGGAGACCAGCGAGGAUCGCCAUUGCAACGUCUGCUGUGCGGACUUGGAUUUAAGCAGUGGCAAAAACUACGUGACAUGUUGCACCUGCGGGAAGUCCGUUUGCCGCGGGCCAAAGUGCGCCGACUGGCGGCCCAAGGACGCCAAGUGGGAGUGCCAGCUGUGCCAGAGCUCCAAGGAGUCGCUGGCCCACACCUCCUCGUGGGUGGCCGAGCAAAUGUCCUUCAACCAGCACAAGUUCGUCUAUCCCAUGAGGGCGAGGAGUGAGGUCUACAUACCCAUUGUGGGCGAUGGCAACGACAGCAGCAUGCAGUUCGAGAGCGUUAGCCAGAUUGGCCAGACUGCCAGUAUGGACGAGCGGGCCAAGAUCCGCGAGUAUGUGGAGGAGAUCGUGGCCGAAAUGCUGGGCGGUAAUUUGGACCACAUUAAAGUGGGGCAGCUGUCCAAAAGCGAGAACUACUUGCAACUCUUUGAUAAAUUCCAUGCGAAGCUGAGUAACCUGCUUAUCAAUGUGGAGAACGGUUUGUGCGCGCGUGCGCUCAAAGGAGAUCUACCAGCCAUCGUAAAUGGCCACAACAGCAACAAUAAUAAUAAUAAUAACAACAAUGCCGAUACCGAGCUGGCCGACAUCUCGCAGACCCGACUACGCAGUCUCAUCGAGACCAUCAUAGCGGAGACCCUGCGAAGUUCGUCCUUGAGUGCCAGCGGAGCCGUAUCGGAGAUCAGUCUGGACACCCGAUCCCACGCCUCCGAGCUGGCCAACGGAAACGGGCUGAAGCGGCGCCAUCGCACCGAGCACUACUUCGAGCCGAAGAUCUACCAGGAUCUGCUGGCCACAGCGGUGCUGAAUAAGAUUGCGGAUAAGGAAGGGAAUACAAGGCUUUUGGCGGAGAGUACCCCGGACUUGAGUGUUCGCCACAUUGACGAGAAUUUCAAUGCCGAAGCGCUGAGCACCACGUCCGGAAGCUCGAUAGAACCACGCAGUGAUUGCAGCCUCACUGAUCAUGAAAUCGGACUGGAUAAUGGAAAAUCAAAAUCCCUGCAAGCGGAUUUGGAAAGGGAGUCUGUCCUUAGUGAUUAUAUAGCCGCACAUAUGGUGCCACUGCCAGACUUUUCAGCAUCCGUCACCGAAUCCGAGGAUGAUAUUGGAUCCAUCUCCUCGGGCGUUAUCGGUGAAGGAAACUGGGAAGACAACUGGCUGUUCAAGAAGAAACGCAGCUCGGCCACACCGAGCAGCACUGGCAUGCUAGUGCCCGCACCCAAGGAGAAUGUCCGGGCCCAGAUUGGCGACAAGACCACCGACGAGGUCAGCGAUCUGUCGGAGAUGGGCUCGGAUAUCGAGGAGAGUUCUCUGGAUCUGUUGCGAUGCAACGACCUGAACGAUCGUCUGCUGAGCAAACACCUGAUUGGUGGCCAGAACACUAAGAUGGUCCUCGACGAGCUCGUUGAUCGCACCAGUCUUACGUCCCACACAUUGCUGGAGGAGCACGAGUCGGCAUUUACGGAGACAACCAAUGAAUUUGUGGUGUCGCCAAUGGCCGUGCCAGCUGAUAUUAAAGCUCCACCACGGACACCACCACCACCUCCUAUGAUAUUCCAGGAUGACUUGUUGAAUGACGAGCCAGAUCACACUCCAAUUGCAGCCCAACCCGAAACCGAGGAGCUGGACAGCCUCGACGGCUGCACUGGCUUCAGUACAGUCGAGUACAUCGACGAAGAGCAAAUGCACGAGACCGUACCAUCGGUAAUUGAGAUCUUGGCAGCCAUGGCUCUGGGACCCAUGCUAGCGGUUCCAGCCUCCGAACAGCCUGGCGCCAUGACUCCCAGUGAGAUGCACACCCUCAAGGAGCUGAGUGACUUGGCCCUCGCCGAGAUCAACUCUCGCACAGUGGACCUGGUGCGCUUGCAUUCGCUGGAUAUAAUUGAAGAGGAGUACGCCGAGCCUUCAGAGGCUAUUUUUGAUAUUGUGCAGCCUCCACCACUCGCAGGGAUCCCAACCUCAGAUGAAAUAUCCUCAGAAGAGCAGGAGAGUGUUAUACAAAUGGAAAUUUUACCACCCCCAUUAACAAUUGAAGUGGUUCCUGAGUUUGAUACUACCUCAGUGGAGCCCCCACCGCCGAUGGAAGUUGAUCAAGAAACCGAAUCUGUCAAUAUGGAUCCUCCUGUUACUCCAGAAACAGAAUUGGUUAAAGUGGAACCUGUAGAAUCUGUCGUCGUAGAUCCACCGUCAUCUGAGCAAGUUUCUAAUGAAGAUUGUUUCGCCGUAAAUCAAACAGAGCCUGUGGAACUUGUUGGAGAAGCAAUUUCAGUAGCAGUGGACAUACCAGCUCCUUUGGAAAUUGUCACAGAAACUAUUUUAGACCCAGAAGUGGUUUUACAGAUAAAUGCUAUCGACGUUGAACCGCCAGAGCAUAAUGUAAUGGUCCCAGAAACUGGUUCUAGCACAUUGGAAAAUAUUUCUGAAACACAUCCCAUUGUGGUGCAAUUACCACCACCUCUAGAAAUCAGUACAGCUAAGGAGCCCGUCUCAAUGGUGGUGCCGGAUUCGCAAUCACCAGAAACUAUAGAAACUAUUUCUGUCGACUGCCCAACCUCUUUGGACAAUUUUUCAACAUCUUUAGAAGAGGUUUCCAAGACAAAAUCUUGUGAAUCGGAACUCCCAACACCUCUGGAAAUAGUUCCCGAAACGCAACUAGAAGCAGUCAUUCCAGCAUUAGAAACACAAAAUGUCCCACAGAUAAUAUCUGAACUUUUAGAUAUUAUUCCAGAACCCAAAUUAGCGGAACUAUCUGAACCUGCUGAAAUUGUUUCACAAACAGUAUGUGGCGAUGUAAAUCCGGUAGAAUCUGCUGGAAGUCUUCCAGAAACUCCUCCCCUUUUAUUGGAUCUCCCAGCGCCAAUUGAAGUUGUUCCAAAACAACAAUCGAAUGAAGUGGAUCCACCAGAAACUAUAGAAGACCUUCGCCAGGUAGCAUCUGUAAAUGUAGAAAUGAUUAUAGAGCCCGUAACAGAAGCUGGUGAACCAAAAACCUUAUGUGGUGGAAUGGAUUCGCUACAGUCUGCAGAAACACAAUCCUUUGUAGUGAAUAUACCUGCGCCAAUUGGAGUUGUUCCAGAACAACAAUCUAAUAUAGUGGAUUCUCCAGAAACUGUAGCUAACGUUCCACAGAUAGCAUCUGUCCCUGCGGAAAUUACUCCAGAACUCGUAGCAGCAGAACUCUCUGAAUCUGUUGAAAUUGUUUCAGAAACAGGAUGUAGCGAAGUGGAUCCGCCAGAGUCUUCAGAAACUAUUUCUAUAUCACAGCCUAUUGUAGUGGAUCUACCAGCGCCAAUUGAAAUUGUCCCAGAACAACAGUCUAAUGUAGUGGACCCACCAGAAACAAAAGAAGAUGUUUCACAGAUAUCAUCUGUUCCUGUGCAAAUUAUCCUAGAACCCAUAGCAAAGGAACUCCCAAGGCCUAACGACAUUAUUUUACAAACAGUAAGAAGCGAAAUGACUCUGGCAGAGUCUGAUCCCCUAACAGAAACUAUUACCGUAAUACCACCAGAGCCACUAGAAGGUAUUUCAGAAGCGCAACCUGAAAAUGUUACAGUUGUCUCACAAGGAGAAUGCAAAGAUGAAGAAUCAUCAUCGCUUUUGGAAAUAACACCUACGAAUAUCGUUUCAUCUCCAAUAGAAUUCGCAACAACUGUGGUAGUUCAAGAAACGAGUUCGGUCGAGGUGGACACAUUAGUAACUGAAGAACACAUUCCACAGACAGAAUUUGUCGAAGUUGUUUAUCAAACGGAAUCCCUUGCAGUAGAACCACCAGCGACUGUCGAAAUUAUUUCAGGAGAACAAGUUGUGGACGAGACGCUACCUCUGCCGCCUGGGCCUGAAUCUUUCGCUGAAAAUGCACCAAAAUCCGAAGAAGUUGUUACAGAGGCACAUUCUGGCGGACCACCUGUAGAAAUUAUUUGUGAAUCGAAAGGUUCAACUGUUGAACCAAUACCUCCCGUAAAGGAAACGGUUUCAGAAACAGCACCACUUGUUUCAGACAGCGUAAAUGUAUCAGUGCCUUUGGAAAACAUUCCAGAAAUACAUACCUCUGCAGAAGAAGAGCAAACUAUCGCUCUUGAUCCACCACCUCUUCUAGAAGUUGUUCUACAGGGGGAAUCUGUCAACGAAAUGGAUCUCCAAACGUCUGAAUCAACCAAGAUGCCACCAGCUCAUGAGGACAAGGAUUCUCAUGCCGAAAGUGAAUCUGUCGUUCUGAGUACACCACCGACUUCCGGAAAUGAUCCAAGAACACAGCCCACAUCGGAUCCAUCGACACUCCAAGAAAAACAAGCCCCCACAAUGGAUUACCCUGUGCCUCUGGAAUUUGUUUCACAGCCAUUAUCUGUCGCUGUAGAUCACCUAGCAACUAUUGUGAACAUUUUACAGAUAGAAUCGGAAUAUGUUGUUGCCCAAGCUGAAACUCUUGCAAUAGAAACCGCAGUGCCUGCUAAAAGCAUAUUAGCAGAAAUCUCACCCACUGAAACAAUUUUACCAGCAUCUGAAUAUGUCGAAGCUAACGCGCCUAAGCCUGAAAAUAGUCUCACUGAGGCGGCGUCUCCAGCGAUGGAACCAGUAGCUCCUGUGGAAGCUCCUGUGGAAGCUCUUCAAGAAACCGAACCCAUUGCUAUAGAUUCACCAAUUCCAAUAGAAGAUGUUAUACAGUUAGAUUCUGUCGUUGUAGAAACGAUAGCUCCAGAGGUAGCUAAAGCUGAAUCUGUUGAAGUGUUCCAACCAAGUACUGCGGAAGUUUAUCUCGAAACUCCAGUUGAAGACCAAUUGGCCGCGGGAAAACAAGAAGAGCCUGCGAGUAUUGUUCAGGAUAUACAAAUAGCCUUAGUGGAACCCUCAGCACCCAUUGAUCUUGAGGAUAAUGCUGUCGCGAUGAAUUCCCCUACUCCUGUAGAAAAUCUUUCUACCGAUACAGAAGUUUUUCUUCCAUUGCCUGUGGAAAUUGAUCAAGAGACUGAUUCUACAAGUGUCGAACCUUCAGCCUCUACGGAAAUUUCCUUAGAGACUGUGGAAUUGGUUUUGGAAGCACAAUUAAUCGCUGCAGAUACAACAACGGCUGUGGAAGUUAUUCGUGAAGAUGUACCUGUCUCCGAAAAUCAACCAACGGAUGAUGGACUUGUUUCUGUGAAUACACCAGAUUCUGAGAAUGUUCCUAUAAAUCAAGAAGCUGUCCCUCCACCUGAGGAAACUGUAAAAACAAUUGCACCCCUGGAAUCGCCUUUAGAAGAAAAAUCCCACGCAGUGGAUACCACAGCUUCUGAUGAAAUUGCUCUGGAAGAAGUCGCUCCAGAGCCCUUAUCAGAAAAAGAAGUUGAUCCUCAAACUGCACAAGUCGCCGUAAACGAACCAGAAGUUGAGCAAAAUGUAGAUGAAAUAGGUGCCCAAGCUGAUUUUAUUGCAGUGGAUCCACCACCUUCUGUGGAAAUUGUUAUAAAGGCGGAAUCAGCCGAAUCUUCUAAAAUAAACGAAACUGAUUUUGUAGAAGUCUUAGUGAGUGCAGAAAUUCUUUCCGAAACGCAAUGCCUCGCAGGACAUUCACCAGAAUGCUGCCCACCAGCUCUCGUAGAAGCAGUUUUAGAAAAAGAACCUCCAGAAUGCGUAGAAAUUGUCCCACAAAUACAAUUUGUGGCAGUGGAUUUAUCAGAACCUCUGAAAGUUAUUGCAGAGGCAGACUCCGCCGAAGUAAAACCGCCCACACCUAUGGAAGAUGUCCCUGAGACGGAAAUCCCUUUUGUGGCAAUUGUGCCAGAAGCACAAGAAGCUUCUGUGGAAGUUGAUCCAAUAGAUCAACCAGUCUCAGAGGAUCAAUCAGCAAAUGCAGAAGAACUUAAUAAAACCAACAUGGACGUAGUAGAUUCCUCGGAGUCUCUAAAAAUUGUUUUAGAGGAAGAAUCCCUAGCAGUGGAAACGCCUAAGGAACAUACUCCAGAGACGGAAUCUGUUGCAAGUCCUGUUUCCCAAGCCGAAGCUUCCGCAACAAAAAUAACAGAAUUUGCAGAAAAUGGAUCUGACAUUAUGGAUAUUCCAAUGGUUUCGGAAAGUAUUCCUCAAACGCAAUCCCCUGCAGAAGAUAUCCCUAGAGCUGUGGAGGAUGUGGAACAAGAUGAAUUUGUCAGUGAGGAACCCUCAGAGUCUGCACAAAUUGUUCCUCAAGCUGAAUCCAUGGAUCCAUCGCAUUCUAUGAAAGUUGAUUCGGAAAGAAAAUUGGAACAGCCAGCGCCGGUGGAUAUUGUUCCGGAGACACAAGCCGUCACAAUGGAAACAGAUCCAAAAGCUGAAGCUGCACCAAUAGAACCUUCAGUUCCCACUGAAAAUGUUACCCAAGCCGCAGAAGUGGUUCCAGAAAAAAAAUCUGAUAAUGUGGAAGUUGUCCCAGAAACGCAAUCUAUUGCAGAGGAUUCUUCAGAAUUAAUUAUAGAUGCAGCACCUCAAAAGCCUAUUGAGAUUGUUGCAGAGGCAGAAACUCCUGCUGUGGAAAAUCAUCCGGAAAAUAUAGAAGUGGACCAUUCAGAUUCUCUGAAAAUUGCUCCCCAACCUGAAUCUGUUGCAGAAGAAAUGAUGCCAGAGGCGGUGACUACCGCUGUGGAAACCGCCGAAACUUUGGAGCCCCAAACGCUUGCAGAAGCGAUGGAUUCUGUCGCUGUGGACUUAGUUCCUGAAACCUCACCAGCACCUAGAAGCAUUGAAACACAGUCUGUCGAUUUGGAACCCCUAGCUCUUGUGAAAACUAUUUCAGAAACAGAGUCUGCCACCGUGGAUUCACCAGCACCUGCACAAGUACAUUUACAGCCCGAACUUAUUGAAACGGGGCUCUCAUCGAAUAUGAAAAUUAUCUCAGAACCACAACCCCCAACGACUGUGGAAGUUGUUCUAAAAUCUGCUGAUGUAGAGCCCACAGCUCUUGUGGAAACUAUUUCAGAGACUGGAUCUGUUGCAACAGAUACUACAAAAGGAGUCGAUGUGAAACUGGAGACGGCUCUUAAACCACAAAGCCCGUCUGCAGAGCCCCCAGUGCCUAUGAAUGUUGAAAUUGUUCCUGAAUUACAGCCUUUAGCAGCAAGGCCCCAAGAGCAUGAACAUGUCGACCAACCAGCGCCAGUGGAAAUCGUUCCUGAAAUACAAUCUAUUGCAGAGGAAACCAUAGUUCCUGCUGAAAGUGAUGUGGAAACACAAGGUGCCGUAGGCGUUUCUAGUGAACUUCUUCCUGAUGCAGAAUCCGUUCCAGCACUGUGUGUAGAUAAUUUGGAAGAAAUGAAGACUGACGCUAAAGAAGCACCACCAUCUGGAGAACCUAUUUCAAAGCAUACUAUGGACUGCAUAGCGGAGGCAAAACCUUUAAUGCCUGAAGCGUUAGACCAAGAGUUGGAAAGCAAAACAGAAAUCCCAACAGACAUGUCUCCAGUGAAUCCGACUGAAGAAGCACCACCAUCUGCAGAACCCACUUCAAAGCAUACUAUGGACUGCAUAGCAGAGGCAAAACCAUUAACGUCUGAAGAGUUAGACCGAGAGUUGGAGAGCAACACGGAAAUCCCAACAGAUUUAUCUCCAGUGAAUGCUACUGCGGAAGGUAUCCAAAAAAGUGAUACAAUAGACUCCACGAAGAGCGAUUCUUCCGCUCUAGGUUCCAUUGCAGAGCGAGAGGUGAAGAAGUGGUACAAUGCCGUUGAAAUGCCAAAUAAUCCAUACGCCCCGGAGGCCCUGAAGCAGCGCAUCAGCGGCACCCAGGAGCGGUAUAUGGAUGUGCCAAACAUCAGUCCGAGUGCGGAGCAAAAGGCUCUGGCAUCGGCGCUGACGGAAAAUCCGGAACCGUCUUCGCCGAAAACGGACUAUAAGCGCUACAGUCGCGACUAUUACAUCAAUAAUGCUCCUACCACUGACAAUACGGGAAGUGUAAAGACUUCAUCCUCCAUCCCUGAUCCGCAGCGUGCUGCUGAGGAUGCAGAGGACAUCGUGAUCAACGAGGCUCAAAAAGCAAGCGAACCUGCCACAGAGCAGGAUCCGUCACAGGAUUCGGUGUACAAAGCCUUGCCAGUUCAGGUCCUGGAUGAGUCCCUGGAUUCCCAGUCGAAUCCCUCGCUGUACUCCCUGCAAACCACGACUACGACCACCAGCGAUGAAUCGGAUACGGUGCGCAUCUACGAUUUUAAUAAGCAGGAAACGACGGUUAUCAAGGCUGCUCGGGAGGAGCAGCAGCCCAGCACCUCCACCACAUCGUCCAUGGAGUCCGCCCAGAGUGCUCCACCUUCAGUUUCUUCCUUUGACUCGUCGUCCUCUAAGAAGCGGGAGCGACCUGUGGUCCUUCAGUUUGGCCCAGGUGAUUCGGCACCCACAAUAGGUUCUCCUGCCGGUACUCCCACGAGGGGAUCGACUCCUCCUGCUUUUAGAUUUCUGCAGCCCAAACGGCGCCUGAUCGAUCCCAGUCAAGUGCUGUCUGUCGAUGAAGAUGAUGUGCCUGAACCUUCUACUCCCGCGGCGGAGAAGCCGGUCAUCGAAGAUGAAGUGGCCCACUCCAUGCCCUCUGUUAAGGCUCUGGCUCAGGCCUUCCUCCUGACCAGCAAGCACACACAACCGCAGCGAAGAUGGCGGGCAUCGGUAAGGAUAGCAGCCCCGCCAGAUACGCCAGAUAAACCAACUUCGUCACUAGCCAAGCGUCACAAGCUGGAGCAUGCGGUCUCCAUGGCGGAAGUGGCCGAUGAGUCGACGAUCGCCUCUGACUUAUCAUCUCUCGAAACCGAUCCAUCCAUACAUUCGGAGAGCAAUCCGCCCAUCGCAUCGCCCGCGAGUCCUGUGCCCGUGCGGCAUGGCUUCCUCCGUAGCAAUAUUGCUUUCUUUGAGAAUUUAAAGUUCAAGUGAAUAUGCGCGUGUGGUUUUGUAAGUGUGCGCCCAUUGGUUGAUCUUCCCGGGAAGGGAAAAUGCACGAUAAUGGCGAGGCACACGGCCCAUAAUCCAAACCAAAUCUUCGCCAAAUACCAUGUGCCAUGGCCUCCAUUCCCCAGCCCGAAAAUUCACACAACAAAGUACUUAACUUCAAUUGGCACUCAACGUGCGCCAUUUUUAAUUGUAGUCCGUAUUUACUAUUACAUUAUUCUUAUAUCCAUGGAUACUAUUUAUUUAGCUCUAAGAUAUGUAUUAUGUACUUUUUAGGCGUAAGCUAAACUGUUUUCAAUUUCAGUUGAACAAUGUUACACUUCACCCGUACUAGUUUAAAUGUUACAUAAUUGUACUCAAUAAAACAUAUAGAAAAGAAAAUA